GACCAUAAGGGCGAACCGCUGGACGAGCUGAAGAACUGCACGCAAUACAGACAAGCGUUCGAGCGACCGCCGACGGUGCUAGUCCACCUGAACCCCGAGACGGUGCGGGAAUUCCUCACCGGAUACCUCAAAGAUCCCUACUUUGCGAAGAGAAUGGAGGACGCCCAGGGCCCCGAGGACGAAUGGACGCCAGGCCGACGGUUCAUGAGGGACGCAACAGGGCUGCUCUACUUCCUCGACGCUGAUUACGUGCCGAGGCUCUGCGUGCCCAAGUCGAAACAGCGACGAGUACUCGAAGAGGCGCACGAAAACCCGAUCGAAACGGCCCAUGGAGGU